AUGUCAAGUUUACUAUCAGCUGCCAAAGAAACUGUUUGUACAAUGUUUGAACGUGCAUCAAUUGUUUUAGCAGAGAAAGGAUUGCCUAGUGAUGCAUUUCAAAUGUCGCUUUCGAUCUACCGAAACUACAAUUCUAGAGAAAAUCAAAUUUUGCAAGUUUCUGCUUGGAGCACAAAAGGUAGUGGUUUAAGAGCAUUUAUGAACGCUAUUGGUCCUGAAGGUGGAUGGGGCGAUGAAGCGAUCGAAGUAGGAUUAUGGUAUGCAGUGCAAGAAAGUGGUCAACAAGACGGAGUUUCUCAGGUCAUUCUGAUAGGAGAUGCACCAGCAAAUACUAAAGAAAACGUGACUAUGAAGCGACGAAGCUUUGGGGAAACCUACUGGACAACAACUAAAUUUGCUGCACCAACAUAUUACGAAGGUGAAUUACAAAAAUUGAAAGAAAAAAAUAUUCCGCUACAUACUUUCUAUUUAACUGAUUAUGCGAAGGAGAAUUUUGAAAGAAUAGCGCGCGAAACAUCCGGAAGCUGCGAGAAACUAAAUAUUAAUUCCAAUCGAGGUGCUGACUUGCUGACGCACUUUGUAACAGAAGAAGUCCUCAGAAAGACGGCUGGUGAUCAAGGAAAUGCCGUGGUAGAACUUUAUAGAAAGAAAUACGUGAAAAGUAUUGCGGGGUAA